UCUAAAGGCAACUGAUAGCUGCUUCCAUUAACUUAAGCAGCCCCCGGCCCGAGGCUUCUGCUACGCGUUAGUUUUAGCAGUUUUUAUUUUGACUUCGUGAUAACACAUACAGUGGCCUGUCAGUCGAGUCGAAACUCGUUCAUUAUAAUUUGACAAUACUUUUGUCAAGGCUUGAUCUGCUGUGUGUAAUAUGGCGUCCCAGAUCUGCCAGCAGUUAAAUAAACUCUGUCCCAUCAUGAAACUCCCUAACAUUUUGGAGGCGAACCGCCCCAUCUUGGCCCGACUUAUGUCAAACAGCACCAAAUCUCCAUCAGAAUCUGGAGAACCAUGGAUCCCAGUUUACGAGGAGAGGGAGCAUGAACCGGUGCAGCUUAAGCGUUCCAGGCUUGUUUACCAAUCCCGGAAGCGAGGCAUGCUGGAAAAUGGCCUGCUGCUGAGUACAUUUGCUGCCAAACAUCUCAACACCAUGUCUGAACAGCACCUCCAGCAGUAUGACCGACUCAUCAAUUUGCCUAGCAAUGAUUGGGAUAUCUUCUACUGGGCCACAGGUGUGAAGCCUACUCCUGCUGAAUUUGAAACUGAAGUGAUGGGUAUGCUAAAAGAUCAUGUCAAGAACAAGAACAGGGAAGUGAGGCUUGUUCAACCAGCCCUGUAUUGAUUGCAGGAAUGAAAUGUUGGUCUUCUUAUGACUGUUGUCUUGUCUCACUUAAUUUAGUAACUGAGUAUUCCUCCAUCAUUCAAUGCAUCAUAGUGCAUAGUUUGGUGUACUGUUAAUAAUAGGAUUACAUAGGGUAAAUGAAGUAAGUGUUAAAUAAAAUUUGAAGAACUUUA